AUGGGCGACGCCGGCAUUCCCAGAUCUCUCCAGGAGAGCCUGGACAAUACUAAAGUCUCCUAUGUCCAGCUGGGCGCAUCGGGUCUUCAGGUGUCCGUCCCCAUCCUGGGAGCCAUGUCUAUUGGCCACAAAGACUGGCAGCCCUGGGUGCUCGACGAUGAAGCCGAAGUCGACAAACUCCUCAAAGGCGCCUACGACCGUGGCCUCAAUACAUGGGACACCGCCAACGUCUAUUCCAACGGCGUCUCGGAGCAAUUAAUCGGGGCGACCAUCAAGAAACACAACAUUCCGCGCAAGAAGCUGGUCCUGUUGUCCAAAGUGUUCGGCACGGUCGGCGAAGAACCAAGCGUGUCCCACAUAAAGUACCCCGACCUAAUCAAGAAGAGUAAGGACUACGUCAACCAGGGGGGGUUGAGCCGUGCGGCCAUUUUCAAUGCCGUCGAGGCUAGUCUGGAACGCCUGGGGACAAGCUAUCUCGACUUGUUGCAGAUUCAUCGGUUCGAUAAGAAGGUACCGGUCGAAGAAACCAUGAAGGCUCUGCACGACCUCGUGCAAGCCGGCAAAGUGAGAUAUAUUGGUGCCAGCAGCAUGUGGACCUAUCAAUUUGCGAAACUGCAACACGCCGCCGAAGUGCACGGCUGGACCAAAUUCAUCUCGAUGCAGAACCAUUACUCGCUGUGCUACCGCGAAGAAGAGCGCGAGAUGAUCCCUUACUGCCACGAAACGGGUGUCGGCUUGAUUCCAUGGGCGCCCCUUUAUCGGGGCCUUCUUGCGCGGCCGUUGGGCUCCGAGGCCACCACACGCGAAUCGACCCUGAAAAACAGCCCUAUCUACAGCGGCAUUUCCGAGGCCGACAAGGAGAUCAUCAAACGUGUCCAAGAACUGGCCGAGAAGAAGGGAUGGAAGCAGAGCCAGGUUGCUUUGGCGUGGAUCAUUCAGAAAGGAACUGUGCCAAUUGUUGGGUUCAGCAGUCUCGACAGGCUUGACGAGGCAGCUGCUGUUCGAGGCAAAGAGCUGUCAGCUGAAGAGAUCAAGUACCUGGAGGAACCGUACCAGCCGAAGGCGGUCGUGGGCCAUACUUGA